GCAAUUCUUACAAUUGACAACCAGAAACGACGUGAUGCGCCGCGCACAAUCGCUACGCUCAAACAACGCACGUAACUCUACUGCGUCUUUGACGGAUGAUCUCGGCGUGUUGAAAGAGCAGACGGAGGAGUCUGCGGAGGAUGUUCUUAGAAAGCAAUUGCUCACGGCGGAACGAGACAACGACAAGCUGAAAGCACAGAUUCUUUCUUUACAAGAUCAACUAAGUCAGCGGCCGCCUCUCGAACAAGUCCAGGAACUUGAACGCGAGUACAAGAACCUCGAACUGUUACUUACGGGGACCCAAAGGGAGAAUGAACGGUGUAUGGCUGAACUGGAAAGAGGAAAGAAUAGAGAGAAGAUACUCGAACGUGAGCUGACGAAACUCGCAGGAGAGAACUGGCAGACGUCGCUUAAUAUCCCACCAAGCACGACCACAAGUGGGAAUCGAAGCAGCCUUCUCCGUCCGGGUGAUACGACAUCUUUCUUCCUCCCUCAAGCGGAGAGUACUGCAGCAGUUGACGGAAACGUCCCCUUUGACGAGUCUUCCGCGUCUUCGUUCUUGGGCUCGCCGCCAGAUGUUCAGCACUCAGGAACAGGUCUGGACUCGCCCUCAACACCUCGGCAAACCACGAGCGCGGCUCCUCAGAACCUAAGCACCGCACUCGCACAUAUCGCGCAAGUGCGCGCCUUGAUACUCGGCAUGGAGGAACGUAUGCAAGCGCGCGAGAACAGAUUGACACAAGAGGUCUCCAGAGCAGAGAGUGAGACGCGGAGGUUUGAAACAAUAAGGAAAGAAGUAGAUGGAGGAGUAGUUUGA